AUGUCCGUCGUCGAUGCCAUCGGUGUCAUCUCUGGUAUCCUUACCAUUGUCUCAUUUGGAAUGGACAAUUUCGGUGAGGGUGAGACCUCUGGUUCAACCAUCAAGGUUGCCGUUGCUCUUGAUGGCCCGAACGGGCCAACAAAUGCCGGUGGUGACAUCCCUGAUGUGCGAGUGUGGAAUGAGGUCGGGGAUUUUGUCGGUAUGAAAGCCGACCCCGGUACCGUAGGAAACGGAAACCUGGGCGAAGUCAAAAUCAACCACGAGAACCAGGGUGUAUACUCCCUGUUCUCGGCCAAUGACGACGCUAUCUGCGUGGCCUGGGUAACCACCACGUGGAGCGACGACCGCGGUGGCAACAAGUAUGCUGUGUCGGGCGACUACGGCGAAGCAUGUGGUGGUUCGUGGUUCGAGAGCCACAUGUAUCCCAACAGCAACGAAGACUACCAGCCCAAGUGCUUCUGGAUUGACAAAAAUGGUGAUCAGCCCAAGACUGGAUUCCAGGUCCGCUGGCCUGCCUUCUCAAAGGACGAGCAGGACGAACAUGAUACAAAUCCCCAGAGAAUGUGCAAUGAUAUCAAUUUUGGACUGCGCGAGGAGGAUGAUCCCAACACCAUCAAUUACAUUGUAAAGCGGAAGCGCGAUGGGCCUAUGAGGGCUCGUCAAGCCUUAAGCCGGCCAGCGUGGGCGGCGUCUGAACUGGUUAUCAGUGACUCCAAAUCUCACUCGGCUAAGAGACUGUGUGAAUCUGAUACAUCCAUGGGACCUGACUUUGCCCAUACUGGAGAGGCUGCCUUUUGUGAUAUGGGAUCCAAGGUCCUUUAUGCAUUCUGCACCGAGGAUGGACAGACGGACUGCUUUGAUUUCGACUCUCAAAGUGUUUCUACCGGUACAGCCACUCGUGAUACUGCGGGGGGUGUUGGUACUUACUCAAGUGUUCGUGAUUGGCGCUCAGCCGGCAAAUCAUAA